AUGGUAGCCCACCCAGCAAGAAUUGCCCUUUGCGGCUAUUCUUUAGCUACUGCUGUGAUAGCGGCAGCUCUUUACCUAACCCCCCUCGAAUAUCGGGAUCUGACCGUUGCUGAGGCUGAAAAUCAUUUCUACGAUGCUCUAGCAACGAGUGAGUACGACAUGUCCCUAUUUGACGGCAAUAUUACCGAUUUCUCAACCAGACUUGUUGGCUGGAACGGAUAUCUUCUGAAAUUUGGCUACAAUCCAGCCUGGAUACGUGUUCGAUCCGUUUGCGUGGCGCCUUCAUUGGCGUACACAACCAAUUAUGAUCCUAUGUACGGGAUUGCACGAAUCAACUUCUGUCCUCGUUACUUCGCCCAAGGUGAUUUAAGCGAUGUGAUCAAGAACGGAAACGACAAGAGCCUUGGGCCUCUGUGGUACGCGAAUCUCGAUAACUACCUACCCAACAAAGCCAGGACAUGGAUCCAUGAGCUUUUACACAUUGACUGGGUGUCCAAAGCCAACCAGUACGGCUCCAAUACCCACGUUACAGACCUCAAGAUGUGGGUACCAAAGGAAGGGGAGUCUCCACCUGCCUACCAGCUUCUGCAGAUCUACAGCCCGAAGAUGGCAAAGACUCUUGCGAGAUACAAAUACAACACAGGCCAUUGGAUCGCCCAGAGCUGCGAGAAUCUGACGUUGUAUGCCAUGGCAAGAUAUGUGCAAAAGGCGCUAGGAAAUGUUUAUCCUCACCUACCUCUCGCCCCUGAACCCCCCUCGAGCCCACCCACGGAAGGAGUCGAACCCGCGUUUACAGUUGGUGAUCUUUUUACCAUGCAUUCCGACGGAACGGUCACCAUCAUUAAUUCCACCGCUGUGGGUGAUCUGACAUGGGACCCCCAGUGUCCCUCUGGCGAGGAGAUAGAAGCGGGUGCUGAUGCCGAAGAGCUCUUCCUCGGAGCUGAUGUCGUAACUGAGGCCGAUUUGCCGCAGGAGUACUUGAAAAAAUACAGAACCUGGGCUGGUACAGAAAUUGGUGACAAGUUGACCUUCAAAGGUGUAGCUCCAGGUCAGGCGGUCAAGCCAGGGACCAAGCUACGCAUUCUCGGCGUGGGAGACUCCAUCACUGUUGGAUUCCUCAGCGAGAGGGAUGGAGGCGACGGUAACGGCUACAGACUAAAGCUGCAACAAGACUUGUCAAAGGAUGAAGUUGUCUCCGUGGGGACUGAGUCUGCUGGAGGCACGAUGUCUGGUGGAUAUUUUGCUGCAUGGUCAGGCCAGACGAUCCAGUACAUCUCGGAACACGUUAGCAGCUCAUUAGAGCAACGGCCGAAUAUUAUCCUUGUGCACGCCAGCACAAACGACAUGAAUCCUAACCUUAAUAUUGCUAAGCAAGGCAAUGAUCCGAGCAGAGCGGCUAGUCGGCUUGGCAAGCUUAUCGAUCAGAUUGUGGACGCUUGCCCGGACGCCGUCGUCCUUGUGGCUAUGAUCAUCAGUACUUGUGAAGAAGCCCAGCAGGUGAAUACAGCUCAGUACCAGGCUCUCAUUCCGGGCAUCGUGCAGUCUCGUCGAGCCAUUGGCAAGCACGUUCUCGCGGUCGAUUUCACUACUUUCCCUACAGGAUCUCUUCGGGACUGCAUUCACCCAACAAAUCAAGGCUACCCGGACUUUGGCGAUUACUGGUAUGACUUCAUCUCUCAGAUCCCUUCCGAUUGGAUCCGCCAACCUGUGGGCGACGACCCAGACCGACCGACACUACCCGGCAUCGAUGCGAACGGCGGCUUAGAUGGGGCUAUCCCGUCUCCGAGCUGGGGAAUCAACCCGAUCCAGGUGAGCUCGAGAAGCAGCGUUCGGACGGCUGCUCUUCUCGGUGGGAGCGGCGGGGAGCGCACUUGCAAGGGCGGGCCAGUGUGGCGAGCCACAGGCAUGAUCGCAUCCGGCUUUGGAAAAGCUGGCGGCUGGCAAUAUCGCAAAAACUGGAUCGAAGCGGGCAAAGUCGCUGAUGGACUCAAAUUAGACUCCAAAUUCGAUCGACUGCAUGAUAUGAAUGGAGAUGGGAAAGCAGACUACAUAUGGCUCAAUCCUGAAAAUGGAGAGAUACGAUGUUGGAUCAACAACCUUCCCGCCCCGUGGUCUCCAGCAGGGACGAACAAUAGCAUCAUCGGCAGUGGUGCCGGUGUUGCAGAGUCUGUUUUCUUGGCGGAUAUGAACGGUGAUGGCCUCGAGGAUUACAUGAUCGUCAACCCGCAAAAUGGAGCAGUGAAGAUCUGGUGGAACUAUGGAGCAGACGAGUCCUGGGUCAAUGGAUGGAAGUUUAUUGACGGAGGUCAAAUAGCAUCUGGUGUUCCUCAUGCUAACUGGGCCACACUCCGAUUCCCGGACAUCAACAGCGAUGGUCGCGCGGACUACGUGUAUAUUGGAGCUGGCGGGUCUCUCUCCCAUUGGAUGAACACAGGGACUGCAGGAGGGCAAGAUGUGGUCUUCUAUUUUCAAGGGGGCAUUGCUACUGGUGGCACAUCUGAUAUCUCAAAUCUUGUGUUCGCCGACGUGGAUGGCGAUGGCCGCGACGACUACCUCAUUUGGGACGCCCAGGCAGGUCUCACAGGCUUUUUGAACCAGCCAACGAGAAGAGAAGGAGUGCCACUUUACGUCAAUCAGGGGCAGGCGAAAACGAUUGCAGAUGGUAUCACGCAAGAUCCGAAGAACAUUAGACUGGCUGACAUGGAUGGAGACGGCAAAGAUGACUACGCAUACAUUGACGACAACGGGGCUAUCUGGCUGUGGUAUAAUCAGGGUGAUGCCGACACAUCCAUGGUCAUCGAUGGCAUUCGAUUUGCCGAUAUUGACGGCGAUGGGAUUGAAGACUAUGUUUGGCUUCAUCCAGACACCGGGGCACCGACCGUUUUCUUGAAUAAGGGUCCCAAUGAUGAUGAUGCUCUGGGGUGGUUAUGGAGUCCAGUCAACAAUGGAAAUCCAAUCGCGUCAGGAGCUGGUCCAGGAAACACUGUUCACUUUGGAGACAUUAAUGGGCAAGUUUUUGAUGGAAAAGACGAUUAUUUGGUCCUUGACCCGAAAACAGGAGAACUACACGCGUAUUUGAACAAGGGGCCCGAUGAAUCCAAGGCAGAGAAGUGGCUUUGGGACCCUGUCGGAUCGAUCGCCACCGGCCUGGGACCCGGCGCGAAUGUGCGCUUCGCUGAUAUCGAUGGCGACGGCUAUGAUGACUACAUAUUUCUCAAGUCGAAUGGUGGAAUAACAAUUUACAGAAACGUCUGGGAAACUAACAAGCCGCCAUCAAGUUGGAGACCACUGCCGGAGGCUGACGCUUCAAGCAUUGGGCAGAGACCUGAAGAAAUUGACUUUGUUGACAUUAAUGGAUCAUUCACUAACAUGAAGAAUUUUAGUGAUGGAAAGGCCGACUAUGUCUGGACACGUGCUCGCGAUGGCGCCGCUAGUGUCUGGCUCAACAAUUAUCCCAAUCAGCCGACCUGGCUCGAACAGCCUGAGAUCGCCGGCGGCGUCGGGGUGUCUGGAAGUGAUGUGAGGUACGCCAUCCUUCAGAACACAGGUCGGGCCAGCUACGUCGCCGUCGACCGCACAAAUGGCGCUAUUGCCGCCUGGCUGAACAGUUGUACCCAGCUCGGCGACCAUCCCCGUCCAAACGUCGUCUUCAUUGGCGUCAGGGAGACGUUCACUGAGUCGGUUUUGGCUCGUUCUUGGAUCAUUUACGAGUCCGCAACAGGGAGCACUAUUGAUAUCUGUGAUGAUGAGCCCAAGGGUGCCUUCGCGGCGGCCACCACUUCAUCGAACCCAAAAUUCCCCACGAAUCUCGGCGAGUUUGAUGUUCAUGGUGUCGAAGGAUGUGUGUACUCUGGUUCCCAGGAUGAGCCAGGUAAGAUGCAGUGCCCGGACGUUAGCGGCAUUCGAUGCCGCCAGGAUUCUCAGUAUGACGAGGCAUUUAUCUUGAAUGACAUCCUUCUUCUGACCUUGGCUCUAAUAUUCGGCCUGGGAGACCCAGUCUACACUCUAUGGUUGCUUUAUAUCGUUUCUUCCAGCAUCUGCGACCUAAUGAGAGGCUGCAACGUGCAUCGCAAAGUGAUUAUUGGAAUGAUUCAUGCUACGCCGAUUGAAGAAAUCUGA